AUGGUUGAUAACUGCAAGCUUAAAGAAACGAAGAGCUCGGGGAAUCAACUGUCGUGGGCUGGGUGGCGAGACAGUGUAUGGAUCCAAUGCAGACUGGACCGAAGCUUCGGUAAUGAUGAAUGGUUCCAAUUAUUUCCCAAAGCGCAUAUGGAGUAUCUUGGUAUGGUCACUUCUGAUCAUCGACCAAUUCGGGUGACAUUUGCAUUUGAAGAAAGAGAGAUGGGAAAGGGAAGGUUCAUAUUUGACAAAAGAUUAGCAAAGCAACGUGGAGUUGAGGAGAUUGUGCGGCUUGGGUGGGGCCCUUCUGUGUCUGCAGGCUCUAAUACUCCGCUGGCUGAUCGUAUUAACAGAUGUCGGAGGGAGCUGGCUAAAUGGAAGAGAGUGACUACUGUUAAUGCAGGGGGUAGAAUCAAAAGGUUGAAAGUCUCUUUGGAAGAGGAGGUUUCGAAAAGAUUACCAAGUUGGAUCAAGAUGAAACGUCUAAGACGUGAGCUCUCCCAAGCAUAUCGAGCAGAAGAGUCCUUCUGGCGUCAGCGUAGUCGUAUCAGAUGGUUGAAGCUUGGGGACAGGAACACGAGAUACUUUCAUCUUUGUGCAAAAAGUCGUAGAAUUAAGAAUCGUAUUCUAAUGCUCAAAGAUGCCUUGGGCGAAGAACAUUUUUCUGAGGGCUCUAAAGGCAGCAUUGCAACUGAUUACUUUCGAGAUAUCUUCACCAGCUCGAAUCCUUGGGAUCUGGAGAGUCUGUUUGAAGGUUUUCAGGGUCGAGUAACACCGGCUAUGAACUCGAUGCUCAUGGCUCCGGUGCUUGCAGAAGAAAUCAAAGUUGCUGCUUUUUCUAUCAAAGGAGAUAGUGCCCCAGGGGCAGAUGGUCUUACAGGAACCUUCUACAAGCGUUUUUGGGACAUUGUGGGACCGUCUACAGUUGAGAGAAUUCAGGGUUUUUUUCGAACAGCAGUUCUACCUGCUGGCUGGAAUCACACACAUAUAUGUCUCCUCCCAAAGGUGGCGGCUCCCUCGACAAUGACUGAGCUAAGGCCGAUCAGCUUAUGCUCAGUUCAUUACAAAAUUGUAUCCAAGGUCUUAUGCAACAGAUUGAAGCAUAUUCUUCCUGAUAUUGUGUCAGAUACACAAGGAGCGUUCGUUGGCGGUCGGCUUAUCACUGAUAAUAUCCUAGUAGCUCACGAGAUGGUACAUGCUCUACGAACCAAGGAGGGGAUAAAUGAUAGGUUCUUAGCAAUCAAGACAGACAUGUCCAAAGCCUAUGAUCGGGUGGAAUGGUCUUUUGUUGAGAUUCUACUAGAACGCUUGGGUUUUGAUAGAAGAUGGGUGACUUGGAUAUUGUCUUGCAUCAGCUCGGUCACGUACUCCAUCCUCUUGAAUGGUGGUCAACAUGGUUUCAUUAAACCGGAGAGGGGGAUUAGACAGGGGGACCCAUUGUCACCGUUCUUGUUUAUUCUGUGCGCGGAAGCUUUGGUUAGUACCUUGAAUGAGGCUGAGGCGAAUGGAAAGCUGCAUGGUAUUAGACUCUCAGCUCAGGGACCCUCAGUGCAUUAUCUCCUGUUUGCCGAUGAUAGCUUACUGCUGUGUGAGGCGUCUAGUGAUGAUGGAGCAGAGAUCGUUAGGAGGCUGAAACUCUAUGGUGAGGCUUCUGGUCAAGUGAUUAACUACACCAAGUCAUCUAUUAUUUUUGGAGCCAAAGUACCUAUUCACUUGCGUGAAGAGAUGAAGACGAUCUUGGGAAUAGAGCAGGAAGGUGGAGAGGGCUCUUAUCUUGGACUGCCCGAGUGUUUCAGUAGCUCCAAAGGGAAGUUACUAAGUUUCAUCCACGACAAGGUACAAGGGAGACUUCGGGGAGGUGGAGCUAAGGUCUUAUCUCAAGGAGGCAAGGAGAUCAUUCUAAAGUCAGUGGGUUUGGCGUUACCAGUUUUCGCUAUGACUUGUUUUAAGCUUCCCAAAGAUCUGUGUGCCAAAUUGACUAGCAUAAUGACUGAGUUCUGGUGGGGUGGGACUGCUGAGAAACGUAAGAUAGCAUGGGUCGCUUGGAAGAAGUUGUGCAAAUCCAAUGAGCUUGGUGGAAUGGGAUUUAAGGACAUUGAAUGGUUUAAUCAGGCCCUCUUGUGCAAGCAAGCUUGGCGAAUCUGGUAUAAACCGCAGUCCCUACUAGCUCGAGUAAUGAAAAGUAGAUACUUCCGUCAAGGUGAUUUCUUAGAGUGUGGCAUUGGAACUCGACCCUCCUAUGCUUGGAGGAGUAUUAUUCAUGGCAGGGAGCUUCUCUUGCAGGGUCUGUGGAAAAGAGUUGGCAAUGGCCAGGAUACUCACGUCUGGUAUGAAAAUUGGCUACGGAUGGAGAUACCAAGACCCCCGAGGUACCGAACUGAUGAUGUUGAUCUUACCCUCAAAGUAUCGGACCUUAUAGAUGCGAGAUAUGGUACGUGGGAUGUUGCGAGAGUACGCCACUUAUUUGUAGAAGAAGAUGCUAAUCAUAUCUUGGGGAUGAAGUUAGAUCAUCGGCGUGAAGAUACACUGGUAUGGGGUUUUAGUAGAGACGGAAAAUAUGACUCGCAGAGUGGCUACAAAUUGCUAGAACACCUUCAGACUAUAUCUUCUCCUGAAGCUCCAUCUCUGCCCCCGGUGGAAAAAAGACUUUGGUCUAAUAUUUGGAAAGUAAAGACUCUUCCUAAGAUCCGUCAUUUCAUGUGGAGAGCUUUAGCAGGAGCUUUGGCUGUGGCGACGAGGCUACGUACUAGGGGUAUACAGAUAGAUCCAAGCUGUAAGAUGUGUCAUGCGCACCCGGAGACGAUUUGUCAUAUUCUCUUUCAUUGCCAUACAGCAAAAGAAGUUUGGAGAUUGUCAAAUAUUACUUUGCCUCCUGCUGGUUUCUCCAUGAACUCGAUUCUGUGGCACUUAUGGAAAGCUAGGAAUAUGUCAGUAUUUGAAAGGGUGAGCUUAGGAGCAUCGGAUAUAUGGGAAAGGGUUAAAGUGGACGCUGCAGCAUGGUUUGGAGCCAACGAUCCAUCAUCCAGAAAUGAGGAAUUAAUUCAAAGCAGUCUGGUGAAUGUCUUGCGAUGGCAAAAACCAUCAGCUUCUUUUGUUAAGUGUAAUAUUGGAACAUCGUGGAUUGACGACAGACAGAACUGUGGAGCAGCUUGGAUACUAAGAGAUCAGUUAGGUCAAGUUCUUUGUCAUAGUCGCCGAUCCUACUCUUCGGUGUCAAAUAAGAUGGAAGCAGAGCUAUGGAGUUUCCUCUGGGCAGUUGAGUCCAUCUCAUCUCUUCGGUACGAGAGAGUGGUUUUCGAAUCCUCCUCCUACCUUGCGGGGGAAGCAAUCCUUAGACCUUCCUUGUUUCCACAAUUCAAUGAUAUGUUGAAGGACAUUCGUAAUAAGCUAUCCUUUUUUCGGCUAUGGACCGUAGCCUUUGCGCAUAUAGAAGGAAACCGGUGUGCGGAAGCAAUCGCCACUAGUGUUACUCGCGAUCACAGAUACUCGUCUUACAUUGCUCAUGCCGGUCCUUUCUGGUUAGCUUCGGAGCUUCAAGAGGAAGCUUUGGGGGAAGAUCAAUGA